AUGGUUUGGACUCAUUUUUUUUUGUUUCUUUUACUUGUUUGAAUAAGUUCUAAUUGAAUCCCACAAGUCUUUAAAAGGCACACGGGUUUUUCAAGAUCACCAUUAGAAUCAACCUCUGACAUAUCAUACAUUUGUGAAGAAAGAAAGCACAGAAAGCUUGGGGAGCGAGAGUUAAGGAGCAAUGGAGAAUAUCAGAGCUCCCUUCAGAGGUAUCGAAAAGGAUAUUCGAGGCAGACUAUCUUGUUAUAAACAAGAUUGGAAGGCUGGAAUUCGUUCAGGAUUUGGAAUAUUGGCUCCAACUACAUAUAUCUUUUUCGCCUCAGCUCUUCCUGUGAUUGCAUUUGGAGAGCAAAUAAGCAGAGAAACUGAUGGGAGCCUAAGCACAGUAGAAACUUUGGCAUCAACUGCAAUUUGUGGUAUAAUACACUCUAUAUUUGGUGGUCAGCCUCUGCUGAUAUUAGGAGUUGCAGAACCAACUAUCAUAAUGUACUCUUAUCUCUACAAAUUUGCCAAAGGAAGGGAAGACUUGGGACAAAAUCUCUAUGUGGCUUGGGCUGCAUGGGUUUGUGUGUGGACAGCUUUGUUCUUGUUUCUUCUUGCAAUAUUCAAUGCUUGCAACAUCAUAAAUAAAUUUACAAGAAUUGCUGGGGAAACUUUUGGCAUGUUGAUUGCUGUUCUUUUCAUUCAGGAGGCAAUUAAGGGAAUUGUUGGUGAGUUCAGAAUUCCAAAAUCCGAGGACUCAAAUUCAGAGCAGUACCAGUUCCAAUGGCUUUAUACAAAUGGUUUACUUGGAGUUAUAUUUUCAUUUGGACUUCUCUACACUUCCUUAAAAAGCAGAAGAGCCAGAUCUUGGUGUUACGGCACAGGUUGGCUCAGAGGUUUCAUUGCAGACUAUGGAGUGCCUUUGAUGGUCUUGGUAUGGACAGCAAUGUCAUUUGUCACACCAGAUAAUCUCCCAUCAGGCAUUCCUCGAAGGCCUCUGAUUCCCCUUCCUUGGGAAUCUAUAUCUGUAUACCACUGGACUGUAAUCAAGGAUAUGGUGAAGGUUCCUUCAACCUAUAUCUUUGCCGCCACUGUUCCGGCUGUGAUGAUAGCUGGACUUUAUUUUUUCGAUCAUAGUGUUGCUUCACAAUUGGCACAACAAAAGGAGUUCAAUCUCAAGAAUCCCUCUGCCUAUCAUUAUGACAUCUUAUUGCUUGGAUUUAUGACUUUGCUCUGUGGAUUAAUUGGAUUGCCUCCUUCAAAUGGAGUCUUGCCUCAGUCUCCAAUGCAUACUAAAAGCCUAGCAGUUCUUAAAACACGGUUUAUUCGAAGGAAGAUGGUUGAACGUGCUAAGGAGGGUAUAAAACGCAAAGCUACCAGUACUGAAAUCUAUGGCGAGAUGCAAGCUGCUUUCAUAGAAAUAGACAAACCUCCCGUUAAUACAACUGUGGUUAAAGAGCUGGAAAACUUGAAAGAGGCAGUAAUGAAAAGCGAGAACGACGCAGAAAAAACAGAGGAGAAAUUCGACCCUGAAAAACAUAUUGAUGAAUACAUGCCAGUUCGCGUAAAUGAGCAGAGAGUGAGCAAUCUAUUGCAAUCACUUCUUGUCGCAGUCUCAUUAUGUGCCGUUCCCGUGAUUAAGUUGAUACCAACAUCAGUUCUUUCUGGCUAUUUUGCUUAUAUGGCUAUUGACAGCCUCCCUGGCAUUCAAUUCUGGGAUAGGAUUUUGCUCCUCUUUGUAGCCCCAAGCCGACGUUACAAGGUUCUUGAGAAAGUCCAUGCUUCAUUUGUGGAGUUAGUACCAUUCAAAUAUAUUGCAAUCUUCACCCUAUUUCAGAUUGUUUAUUUAGUUUUAUGCUUUGGAGUGACUUGGAUCCCAGUAGCUGGAAUUCUCUUUCCAUUGCCUUUUUUCCUUCUCAUAAGCAUAAGACAACAUAUUCUCCCCAAGCUGUUUCCGUCUCAUGACCUCUGUGAGCUCGACGCAGCGGAGUACGAGGAAAUUACUGGAGCCCCACAACGUUCUCCAACUCUUUCCUCCCGGGAAAAUGAGGGGACUCAAGAGAAUAUUUGUGAUGCUGAGAUAUUGGAUGAACUGACAACUAGUAGAGGAGAACUGAGGCUGAGGACAGUAAAUUUAAGCGAGGACAAACGCCCUCAGGAUCAGGUUUGUCCAGAUAUUGAAGAAACAGACUGAAGUGGGAGUGUGGGACGAUUCUAAACCGGCCAUGUCCUCUCUAUAUGAUUCACUAUACAAAUGAAAUAACAUGUGUUGGUUAAGUUGUAUUGUAGUUUGUGUUUCAGUGUUGCAUCUCUAUAUACUUGAAUUGCUAUAAUAAAGUGUUCAAUCCUAGUCAUUCUUAUAAAUAGUGAUAUAUAUUACUCA